CCUAGUUUCUAGACAAUCGUGCAGACCCUGCUGGUUCUUCUUUCCCCGUGGUAGAUUUUGGUUGCCGGUUAGUUUGAUCACUGCAAAAAUGAUGGGACGACCGGUUCUCGUGUUAAGUCAAAAUAUGAAGCGAGAGUCUGGACGGAAAGUCCAGGCAGGAAACAUCAACGCAGCUAAGACAAUAGCUGACGUCAUCAGGACGUGUUUGGGUCCAAGAGCUAUGAUGAAGAUGCUUUUGGAUCCCAUGGGUGGCAUAGUCAUGACCAAUGAUGGUAAUGCUAUUCUCAGAGAGAUUCAAGUACAGCACCCGGCAGCCAAGUCUAUGAUUGAGAUCAGUCGUACCCAGGAUGAGGAGGUGGGAGAUGGUACUACCUCUGUAAUCAUUCUUGCUGGUGAGAUGCUCUCUGUUGCCGAGCAUUUCCUGGAGCAGCAGAUGCAUCCCACAAUAGUAAUCAGUGCCUAUAGACAAGCCCUGGAUGAUAUGCUCAACAUGCUCAAAGACCUCAGCACACCAGUGGAUGUGAACAACCGGGAAAUGAUGCUGAAGAUCAUCAACUCUGCCAUCAACACAAAAGCACUGAGCCGCUGGUCUGAUAUGGCCUGCAACAUUGCCUUGGACGCCGUACGCACUGUUGAGCUGGAGGAUGGGGGCCGCAAAGAAAUUGACAUCAAGAAGUAUGCCAAAGUGGAGAAGGUCCCAGGGGGAUUCAUCGAGGAAUCCUGUGUGCUGAGAGGAGUGAUGGUGAAUAAGGACGUCACGCACCCUCGCAUGCGUCGCCUCAUCAAAAACCCCCGCAUCCUUCUUCUCGACUGUUCUUUGGAGUACAAAAAGGGAGAGAGCCAGACUGAUAUUGAAAUCACACGUGAGGAGGACUUUGCCCGCAUUCUGCAGAUGGAGGAAGAGUACAUCCAGCAGAUCUGUGAAGAAAUCAUUCGUCUUAAACCCGACCUGAUCUUCACAGAAAAGGGCAUUUCUGACCUGGCUCAGCACUACCUGGUGAAGGCCAACAUCACAGCUAUCCGCCGUGUGAGGAAGACCGACAACCACCGUAUUGCCAGAGCGUGUGGAGCUCGCAUUGCCAGCCGGACAGAUGAAAUCCGUGAGGAGGAUGUGGGAACGGGAGCUGGGCUCUUUGAGGUGAAGAAGAUCGGAGAUGAGUACUUCACCUUCGUCACUGAGUGCAAAGACCCCAAAGCCUGUACCAUCCUGCUCAGAGGAGCCAGUAAGGAAAUCCUUGCGGAAGUGGAACGGAACCUGCAGGAUGCCAUGCAGGUGUGCAGGAAUGUGCUGCUGGAGCCCUACCUGCUGCCGGGCGGUGGAGCUGUGGAGAUGGCCGUGUCCAAGCGACUGACGGAGCGCUCUCGGGCCAUGACCGGGAUAGAGCAGUGGCCUUACCGUGCUGUGGCCCAGGCCCUGGAGGUCAUUCCCCGCACACUCAUCCAGAACUGCGGAGCCAGCACCAUCAGAGUGCUCACCUCACUCAGGGCGAAGCACACCCAGGAGGGCUGUGUAUCAUGGGGAGUGAAUGGUGAGACGGGCAUCCUCACCGACAUGAACGAGCUGGGAAUCUUGGAACCACUGGCAGUGAAGGCUCAAGUCUACAAGACCGCUGUGGAGACGGCCAUCUUGUUGCUGCGCAUCGAUGACAUUGUGUCAGGGCACAAGAAGAAGAAGGACGGGGAUGAUAUGAGAGGCCCAGAAUAGAGGAACAGGGGGUACAAGGGUUACGCAAAGCUGUGGUUGGGAUAGGAGGAUUGGGCCAAGAAGACCGGGAAUAGUGGGUGAAUUGGCGUGUAAAAAAAAGAUGUCGUCGUCUCAUUUGCGUGUUGGUUCCUCGUUUUUUUUUGCUUUCUUUUGAUAAACCUAUCAGUGUCAUCCUGAGUUAGUCUUUGUCAUUUAUGCCUGACGUGGUUAGAAGGCUGUUGGUGACUCUCCGGACCUUUGGCUUGGACUUUGUGAAUAAACAUGCCUGUCAUAUUCACCCUGA